UGGAGAUAUUUCAGUCUCCUACUUUUAUUACAUCAUUUCAUCUUUACAAACUGUUGCUUGGAAUGGUGUGGUAAACAAACUGGAAGCAGAUAGUCUGAUGAACAAAGAAAAACUCGAAAAGGUUGGUUCAUUUUGAUGCAAUUUACUGAAGGCCAUCUCCACAGAUCUUCUCCAAAUAAAAAAGGACUGCAAAAAGCGUUGUGGCAAAUGGUGAACUAGAGGCCAGCAAACAUCAGUAUCUUCUUCACUCAUUCCUACCAUAGCAAUUCUCUCAAGGUGAAGCAUCACGCACAUUCAUCACCGCUUUAACUAUAAAGAUAUUGGUUCAGAAAUCAAAAAGAAAAGACAUUAGAUUCGAACAUUUUGAGUUUCAGAAAAGCAUGGAAAUCAGCGCACUUUUGGGGGUACUCGGCCUCUUCUCCCUCCUUAGAUGGUUGCACAAUGUUGAAGGUGGCAGUGUUGAAGUUGCCACACAACCGCCACCUUCAACCUCCAGUCAUGAAAAAGAGACUCCAAUGACUUCCACUUCUUCUUCUACUCACUGGUGGGAGUAUGAUGUCUUCUUGAGUUUUAGAGGUUUAGAUACCCGCCGCAAUUUUACGAGCCAUUUGUAUCAAGCUUUAUGUGACAAACAAAUUUACACCUUCAUGGACGAUAAACUUCGGAGGGGAGAAAAAAUUUCAGAGGAACUUCUCAAUACCAUCAAAAGGUCCAAGAUUUCGAUUAUUGUGCUCUCUGAAAAUUAUGCAUCUUCCAAAUGGUGUUUGGAUGAACUUGUUUGGAUUCUUGAGUGUAGGAAAAAUCUUGGUCAAUUGGUUUUACCAGUUUUUUAUAGAAUAGAUCCAUCAGAAGUGCGUAAGCAAAAGGGAAAGUUUGGGGUAGAAUUGGUUGAACAUGAAAUAAAUUUCGAGGAUGACAUUGGCAAGGUGCAGAUUUGGAGGGCAGCUCUAAAUGAAGUUGGCAAUUUGUCUGGAUUCCAUUACGAUAACAUCUGUCCUGAAUCACAAUUUAUCCAGGAAAUUAUCGAAAGGAUAUCAAGUAAAAUAUUCAGCCGCACACAUUUAUAUAUUGCUCAAUACACUGUUGGAUUAGAUUCUCGUGCAACAGAAAUAGAAAAGCUUUUAAAUAUUGAGUCAAAUGAUACUCGAAUGGUGGCAUUAAUCCAUGGCUUUAGGGGAAUAGGUAAGACUACAAUUGCAAAAGCUGUAUAUAACAAAAUUGGUGAUGUCUUUGAAGGAAGCUUCUUUCUAGAGAAUGUUAAAGAAAGGUCUCAGACAAAUGAUGGCAUAAUACAACUACAGGAGAUACUUCUUUCUAAGUUCUUAGGGGAUGGAAAUUUAAAGGUGGACAACAUAUCUAGAGGAAUCACUAUGAUAAUGGAAAGACUUCGCCAUAAAAGAGUUCUUCUAGUUCUCGAUGAUGUGGAUGAAAAAAAGCAAAUAGAAAAUUUGCUUGGAAGAAUUGAUUGGUUAGCUCCAGGAAGUAGAAUCCUUAUAACCACAAGAGAUAAGUAUGCUGUGUUAACCACUCUCGAACAAUAUACUCUAAUCUAUAAGGAUUAGAGUACAAUCAGUGCUUUGUUUUUAAUGUACAAGAUACCCCCUUUUUUUAUGAAAAUUGUUUUUAAUGUACAAUCAGUGCUUUGUUUAUUUCUUGUACAUAUAUACCUUAAAAAGUUCUUUUAUGGUGAUGUGAA